GAAUUGUGCAGCUUGUGCUUUUGACAGAAUGAGGGAGUGGAGGGUGAUUUGGGGAGUGAGAAAGGAAAAAAAAACAGAGGGAGUGCAUGACAUUCUUAGUGCAUCUGGGCAAAAUAAGCAGUCAGUGAGGGAGCAUGUAGAACAGAAAGUGGAAGGAGAUCAGUGAAAGAGAGCACAGGAAAGAAUGACAGAAUUUAUUAUUGGAGUAAAAAAUAUGGGAAGGAACGAAAAGUAAGUAAGAGACAGGGGAAAAUUAAGAGAUAGCAUCCAACCAGGAACGUAAUCUUGGCUUGCUGUGAAGUGUCGGGAAGGAUGGAGGGAAGAAUGGAAGGAAGGUGGAUGAGAUUAAGCAACGGAGAACAAGAAACCAAACCAUAACGGCAAGAGUGAUGACCGAAUGUGGAAAAGAAGCAGCAAAACUAGGAAGAGAGACAACAACUAAUCAUAUCUUGGACCUGCAAACACAAGAAUCGCUCGCUGGCGUCCCCAGAAGGGGGCACAGAAGCGUGUGAAUGUGGGAGAAUCAGGUGGUGAGGUGGGACAGCUAGGAUCCCUUCUGGAUGAGUGACACUCUCACACACACCCUCCCAGACACAAACACGAGCUCCCUCAAAGAGGAUCCAAUGCAGCUGCCAGAUCCAAGCGCUUCUGAGGAUAAGAAGAUGGAUCCUGUUCAGAAGGCAGUGAUCAACCACACCUUUGGAGUCCCACUGGUGAAGACCAAACGGCCAAUCAUUUCCUGUAAUGUCUGCCAGAUCCGUUUCAACUCGGAGAGUCAGGCCGAAGCCCACUACAAGGGGAACCGUCAUGCUAGGAGAGUCAAAGGCAUUGAGACCUCCAAGAGCCGCCCACAAGAGAGUGACAAACCUCCACCCGGGCCCAUCUCAUCCCCCUCACCGACGGGACCCUUACUGGCCAUCUCAGAUACUGACCCCAGCAAAACUGAUGAGAUGCGGCCAGCGCCACAGUUAAAUGGACCCACGGUCGCCCCAGGGUCCACGGCUAUUUCUGCUCCCCCUACUCCAGAAUCCCCCAGUCCUUCUGCCUGUCCUCUUCUGCCCACUCCCACUACCCCUCAACCACCUCCAGCCAGCUCCUCAUCUCCCGGCUGCGGCUCUUCUAACCCAGAGCAGGCUGGCACCGGGGCCCCUGGGGCACCAUCAGUCACUCCCAGCAACCCUGAGACUGAAGAGGACAAAGCCAAGAAGCUGCUUUACUGCUCACUGUGCAAAGUGGCCGUCAAUUCGCUCUCCCAGUUGGAGGCCCACAAUAAAGGCACUAAACACAAAACCAUUCUGGAAGCCCGCAGCGGACUGGGCCCCAUAAAGGCAUACCCUCGUUUGGGACCGAAGCCCAGCGGUGAGCAGGGAGGGGGGGCCACGGACCCCAAUACUCAGGAACGCACCUUCCACUGUGAGAUCUGCAACGUGCGGGUCAACUCAGAACUGCAGCUCAAACAGCACAUAUCAAGUCGAAGGCACCGGGACGGAGUGGCAGGAAAGCCAAACCCCCUCCUGAGCCGACACAAGAAGCACAGGGGAGCUGACCUUGCGGAUCUCACCAAAGCAUUAGGCGCCGGCCUCCUGCCGAGUCCUUUGGCCGUUGCUGCGGCAAUGGCAGCAGCGGCCUCCUCCAAUCCGCUCGCUCUCCGCGCAGCAGCCCCCGGCCACCAUCCGCAUCAUCACCUCCUGCAGGGUCCACCCCUCAGCCACGCCAUCUUGAGACCAGCUCCGGGGCCCAUACGCACCUCACACGGGCCGAUCCUGUUCUCGCCGUACUGACUCCUCCCUCACCCCCCCUUAGCCAAUCACAGCCAGUCCGGAGCCUCACCUCCAAAAGCACACUGUGAAGACGAAAAAAUUGUGAAACACCACAGCAAUGACAAGAAUCGGCCCAUCAACAAUAACGUCAAUCAUCAAACCAAGCAGAAGGGGGCGCAGCCACAAAGGAGGGGGCGACUGGCGUUCCAACCCUCUUUCCAUCACCCACAACCGCCUCCUUCUUCUCCGUUUGUUCGGAUCGAGUGAUUUAUUCGUUGGUGGGUGAAUAAACGAAUGCAGGGAUUGUUGGAAUAGAGCAAUAUCGUAUGCAGAGUGCAUCUGACGUCCUUGUACCUUCCCUCUAUUUAUACACAUACUGUGAGGUAGCAGCAGUCACAUGGUAGCCAUACUUGCUGGAAUCAGUUUCUAGACAUCCCAAAACACACAAAGACUACAGUUAAAUGUUGCUCUGAAUAAAUGCACCCUCAACCCUAUGCACCUUGAGAAACCUACAGAAACCAUCAGUAUGCUUCUCGUAGUAUUCGCUGUAUUCAAUUUGUCCUUUCUGGCUUCGGCAUCUUUGCAAGAGGAAAUCACCCCAAUCUCCGUCGCAGUUCCACCACGUCAAGACUCCGAGCAGGGGAUUGUGGGAAAGGUCUAAGGAAGCUGAAACUUUCCCAAUUCUGGCUUAAAUUGAAAAGCUUAGAUGGUGCCCGACUUCCUACAGUCGCAUCUCCUUAGGGAAACAGAGGGAUUCAGAAGAGACACUCAAGAUUUCUUUUGUGUCGCUUUUACAUCCAUUUGCGCUAGGAGCGGUUGACUUAAAAACCCCAGACCCCUUUCUUAGAUCUUAGAAAAUCAGUAGACGUCUAUUUAUUCUAUUGUGUAGCGUAGUUUAGUUCCGAACAUAUUCCGAAGUGAAAUAUGUACGUAGAUGAUGAUGAUGCAACUGCUGAAAUAAGAUGGACGGGUAUUUUGAUUCUCAGAGAAAGGCAACAAACCUAAGCACACACUUGGACUUACAGUACAUACAGGCUUCUCUGUUCAUUCUGUCUCUGUAUGUUCAGUGGACAUUAUGCAACCCCAAGCAAUACGGCCCCACUUCUGUCCGACUUCCACAUUCAGUCUCACGAGACGGCCUCCAUCCCGCAAGGACUGACAUAACAGGUCAGCCCAUGAGAGUCUAGAAAAAUGAACAGAGAGAAGACGGAGAGGAGGUCACGGAGGACCCGACUGUGCAAUCUCCCCUUUUUUUGGUAUGAACUUCCUGUCUUGAAUCUAAAGCCAUGCAAUGCAUAUUAUUUUUGUUCUUUUAUUAUGAUAAAUUCAUUGUUUUGAUGUUGGUUUUUUGGUUCGUUUUCAUAGCACACUGUUUCGUUAGACAAAUAUUGUUGUGAAAAACAAAACAUUAAUUGAGCAAAAGAAAAAAACGAAUAUUUUUCUAAGGAAGAAUGAAAACCUGCACUCGGGUGGGAAAUCGUGUUUGGAGGAAGUAAAGUAAAAUAAGCAUAAACAUCAAACUAGGGCCUGUCGUAUUGGUGGAGAUAUGCGACAGUUCACUGAUAAGCAAAGAGCGACAAUGUCUUACUGUUGUUUAGAUAUUGCAAUGCAAUAAGCAAUUGUCAUUUGUUGUAAAAAAAGAACUGCUGCUAAAAGGCCUCCACAUUCUUCCACAGAGAUAAACUAGCCUUUUUAGUACAAAAGCUGGCCGUUUAAAGCAAGAAAGGGCCACCCACAGGGACGGGCCCUUCAUAUUAAAGGGUUUCUUCUCAUCUCUGAGUGGGGGACAGGGUAUACAGUAUCUGAACGCAAACAAUGUGUAGUCAGCCAUAGCCUAUGCGUACAGUAUGUAGCUUAGUUCACUUUUUUGUUUGUAUUGUGUGGGAAACGUCAUGAUAAUGCCAUUACUUCAUGCUAACUGCAGUUAGCAUCCACCAUCGUGCUUUGAUGGAACGUUACCUCCGUUUUUCAUUAGUUACCGAGGCACUAUUAUGGGUGCUUUAGUUUCAGCGUCAGUGUGAAUCGUAUAGUGUUGUGUGUGUACGGAUAGAAUCCAGUUCUGGGAAACCUGACAGAAUAUGGCUUAAGGGAUAUUUCACCAAAAAAUUUUACUUUUGUUAUUAUUUACUCAACCUCAAGUCGUUUCAGACCUUUUUCAACAGGAGGAGAUAUUUAUGUCAAGUGAUCUUUCACUCUUGUGUGAAUUAUUUUGAAGAAAUAAUGAUUUAAUUCAUACUCGCAAACUUCACACCAUCAGCGCAAAUUAUUUUUGGUGAGAAGCGCCACCUAGUGUCAGAGAGUGCAUUUGCAUUUUUUUCAUCUUUUGUUAAAACUUGCAUAAUUUAAUAUAUAUUAUAUAUAUUAUAUAGUUUUCAUACAGUUACUUUACAGGAUGAUUAGGAUGUUACCAAAGCAAUAUUGCUACCUAAACAAAAUGUAGUUUUACUCUAAUUUCAGAAUAAUUUUCUGAAUAAUUUUUAGAUUUAAAAAAAUACAUUCCCAGACCAAGCAUAUAUUGAUUCUUUGAAAAACAUAUAUUUUUGUGUUCUGUGGAGAGAAAAAAAAAAACAGUACAUGGGUUUGUAACUACACAAGGUUGAGUAUAAAAUGAGCAAUUGUUUUGUGGUGACCCAUUCCUUUGAAUUGCACAUUUGCAAUCAGCUGUUUCUAUCCCAAACUAAACCAUUAAAACAAUCAGUGGAAAGUGUUUUCCGCUGAUUUCAGAUAAGCAUUUUGGCGUAACACUAUGCGCCCUGACACAUGCUGUAGUUUGAAACCAGGUGUCCAGUGCCCCAUUAAAACCAUAUGAGGUGAUAAAGCCAUCACAACUAAUACACUCCACAGGCUCCAGACACACUCAUUAGUCCCAUCCGUCUGUAAAGAUCACAUUCAUCCUGUAAUCAGAAUAUUGUCAUCACUGUACAGAAUUGUCUUUGGUAGAUUUAUUCAACUUUUCAGGGCAGGUGUAAUGUUAGUUGGUGAAGUCUAUUUUAGCCUAAGCCUUAUUCCACCCCAGGCCUCUCCAGGAGUGGACGCGGAUGGAGAAGCUUCGGUCAAACCUCAUCUUGCCAAUAAAUUUAUUUUUGAAUUGAGCUGUCAAAUGGGAUAACAGUAUGUGUGAUGGAACGUAGCAAUAUUCAACCCAUACUGGCUACUCUUGUUUAUUUGCAAUAAGGAAAUAAACCAAUAGAUGCAUAUGUGAGUAAAAUAUUAUAGAUGUAAUUUAAAUCAAAAACAGAAAAUUAUGGAAAUACUUGGUCUCAGAGCUCUUGAAGUUACCACUGGGAAAAAAGAAGAAAAGAAAAAAUCAAUGUCAAUAAAUCAAUAAAGAAUAUUAAAACUCA